CGACAGUGCAAGGCGAUGGAGGGAGAAAGGCGGGCCUACAGCAAGGAAGUCCACCAGCGCAUCAACAAGCAACUCGAAGAGAUCCAGCGCUUGGAAGAGCUUCGGGCCAAGCUCCAGGUGCAGAUCGGUGUUGCCCAGAGCCAGGGCAAGCGGCUUCAGGACAGUGAACGGCUGGAGAACAUGGACCGCCUGUUGAAAUGCCGGGACCAGGCACAGGCUGAAGUCGAGGAGCUGCGGGAGAAGACCAGAGCCCUGGACAGGCAGAUCCAGGAGUGGGAGAACCGGAUCUUUACCCACAGCAAGGAAGUCAAGGCCCCAGGAUUCAUCCUGAAUCAGAAAUCCAAGAUCCGGCGAAGGAUUAAGAUCCUAGAAGACCAGCUGGACAGGGUCACCUGUCACUUUGACAUCCAGCUGGUACGAAAUGCCACCCUGCGGGAGGAGCUGGAUCUGCUGCGGAUCGAGAGGAACCGCUAUCUGAACAUGGACCGCAAGUUGAAGAAGGAGAUCCACCACUUGCGGCAGAUGGUCAGCGCCCUCAUUGUUUCCUCCACCUCUGCCUACACCGUCAGGGAGGAGGCGAAGGCCAAGAUGGGCAUGCUUCAGGAGCGGACGGAGAAGGAGGUGGCCCAGAACGAGACAGAGACGCAGAUCUUGCAGCGGCAGAUAGCGCACCUGGAGCAGCUGCACCGCUUCCUCAAGCUCAAGAACAAUGACCGGCAGCCGGAUCCUGCUGUCGUGGAGAAGCGAGAAAAAUAUGCCCGGGAGGCAGCCGAAGGCCUCCGGAAGACCUCCCAGGAGAAGCUAGUGCUGCGCUACGAGGACGCCCUGAACAAACUCACCCAGCUGACCGGCGAGAGCAACCCCGACUUGUUGGUGCAGAAAUACCUGGAGAUGGAGGAGCGCAACUUUGCUGAGUUCAACUUCAUCAAUGAGCAAAACUCAGAGCUGGAGCAUCUGCAGGAGGAGAUCAAGGAAUUGCAGGAGGCCCUGGUGACUUCGCGUGCCAGCGAGGACAACCGGCAUUUGCUGCAGCAGCAGCAGCGCGAAGAGUUGCAGCAGCGCGUGGACAAGGUGCGCUCCGAGGCUGAGCAGCUCGAGGCCCGCUUCCAGGAUUUGCGGGUGCAGCUGGAGAAGCUUAAGGCUGAUAUCCAGCUCCUCUUCACCAAGGCCCACUGUGACAGCAGCACCAUCGACGACCUCCUCGGGGUCAAGAACCAGAUGCGAGACCGGGACAUAGGCCUGUUCCUGGGCAUAGUUGAGAAGCGGCUGGUGGAGCUCCUGACGGUGCAGGCCUUCCUCAACACCCAGAACUACACCUCCUUUGCCGACGCUGCCCUCCUGGUGCUGGGCCAGAGCCUUGAGGACCUUCCAAAGAAGAUAACCCCACUUCAGCUCCCUGACAACCUAGAGGACCCCCCAGGUUUUGAGGCCAAAGAUGACUAUCCUCUGAGCAAGGAGGAGCUGCUGAGCCACGCGUUGAAGUCGGUGGAGCUCUUGGAGCAGGCCCAGGAGCUGAGCGAGGCUGGGAAGAGGAGCAGCAUUCCCACUGUGGGCUACUCCAGCAACUGGCAGCCCAGCUCCAGCACCGCCCUGGUGACCACCAGGGACCCCAGUGCUACCCGCGGGUCCAUCUUGAUCAACAGGACUAACAGAGACCGUGGUACCGGCUCCAUUAGCCAUGUCACUUUUGGCGUCUCCAGCUCUGGCGUGGGCCAGUUGUCUAGCCGUGCUACCCUUGGUGACCCCAGCUCCAGUGCAGGCCGUGCGACCAUCGGCUCCACAAGUGCCAGUGGGGCACCAGCGUCCAGCCAUGCUUCGAGUGGGGGCCGCGUGACCUUCAGACCCAUCAGUUCUAGCAGCUACCUGGGAUCCACUGGAUACCCGGCGUCCAGUAAAGACCAAGAAAGCUUUAGAAGCAGUGUGGAGAGCAGAGGCACAGGGUCAGAAUUGAGUGGAGGCCUCGGGUCCAGCAGAGGCCGUGUCUCUAGCGCCAGCCCUGGCUCCUCCACCAGCAAAGACUCCCGGUGCUACUAG